UCUAGCCAUAGUCUGCUGAGUGAUCCCAACUUCCUGUGCAAGAAGAGAAGUCUCGUCUAUCUGUUGAGAAGUGUCUCACACGUUCAUAUAAUCUCAGUGGCCUCACACGAUUAUCUUGACAAGUCCUACACCCGUAGUUGAACGGGUAACGGCCCCAAUCAUGGUCCUGUGAUAGCUAACAAGUGGGCUAGCUAAUUAACUUUUUGUUUUACCUGAAAGCCUGUGGCAAAGUCGCUCCGUUAACCAAACAUCUCCCCUGCUAGCUAAACAGCUAGAUAGCUAAGUAAGACGCAGCUAGCUAUUCGACAACCAAGCAUCUCUGCAGUAUAUUUUGAUUACGGUCGGUGUCUAUUUCAAGAUGUCAAGUACGGGGUUCAGCUCUCAGAAUGGGGCAGGAGGACCGCCGUACGCAAAUGGUCCCUCACAGAAUCCAGUAGCACUGAAGCCACCGGGACCGGGUUACAACAUGGCCCACCAGACUCCAUACAACCCAAUGCAGGCCAAGAGCCCUAUGCCGCCCGGCCUUGGACUCUAUAACUCUGGUCCCUACCAGCCCAUCCCACCAGUCAGCUCUUACCAGUCCCUUCCAGGUCAGCCCAUGUUAAACAGGCCUCCUAUGGGACCUCCUCAGCCCAUGACCCCUCCUCAGUCUGCCAGCCCUGGCCCAGGCCCCAGGAUGCCCCCAGCGCAGGCCACCCCUCCUCCACCUGUGUCUGCUAACAACUACCAGUACCCCCCAGCCUGGCAGUAUGGGGGGCCUCCACCGAUGGGAGCUCCUCCAUCAAUGGGGGCGCCUCCUCCUAUGGCCAUUCCUCCCCUUGGGCCUGUGGCUAAUCACGUGACCUCCUCGCCCAGCUUGGCACCACCCCAGGCCUCCUCGGCAGGGUACAGCGCAGCCCCUCCUCCUGUCUUCCACAACGCCAUGCAACCCCUGGGGCCUCCCACCUCCCUCCACGGAUACACCCAGCAAGGCUCUGCCCCUCCUCCGAUGAACCCCAUGGCGGCUCCUCACUCAUACCAGCCAGGUAUGAGAGCACCUUACGGCCCCCCACCCUCUAUGAGACCCACCCCACCCCCUACUGGACCACCCAUGGGCAAUGCCACCCCUCCCCUUGGCCCCAAGACUGAUGCUCAGUGUGGGGGUGAUGCUAGUGAUGAUGCUCCUCACACUGAGUACGAGAACCAGGAGAAUGAUAUUGAGUGUCCAGGAAACAUGCCCACACCUGGUAAUGGCGCUCAAGUUCCCAACAGCUUUGAUCACUUGGAGACGGGCCCUAAAAUGACUGGCCCACUCCCGCCCCAGCAGCCGGGCCCCCCUGCUCGACACAUGGGUCUGUCCUACCCCUCUCUACCCCCGGGGUAUCAGAACACCUCCGCACCCCCUAACGCCUCUACCAUGCACCAUCCCAUGCAGCCCUCGACGCAGCCUUACAGCCAUGCGCCUCAGCCAUACCAGCAGCCCUCUGCAGGUCCAGCCCAACUGAGCCCCUCCUUGGCUGGGUUGAGUCUGCAGUCCCAGACCCCAGAGGCCCUGAGGGUGGUCAACCUGCUGCAGGAGAGGAACCUGCUCCCUCCGGGCCCAGUCACCCCUCCUACGCCCUGCCUUCCCCAGGACCUGCAGAAAAUCAACUGCCACCCAGAUGUCUUCCGGAGUACCCUGACCAGCAUCCCCCAGACCCAGUCUCUGUUAAACAAAGCCAAACUCCCACUCGGCUUGCUCCUCCACCCCUUCAAAGAUCUCUCGCAACUGCCUGUGGUCACCUCCAGCACUAUAGUGAGGUGUCGCUCCUGCAGGACGUAUAUCAACCCCUUUGUGACCUUCCUGGACCAGAGGAGAUGGAAGUGUAACCUGUGCUACCGGGUCAACGAUGUGCCAGAGGAGUUCAUGUACAACCCAGUCAGCAGAUCGUACGGAGAGCCACACAAAAGACCUGAGGUCCAGAAUGCCACCAUCGAGUUCAUCGCACCCUCAGAAUACAUGCUGAGACCCCCCCAGCCUGCUGUUUACCUCAUCGUGCUGGACGUAUCCCAUAAUGCUGUGGAAACAGGAUACCUAGAUGUCGUCUGUCAGUCACUGCUAGAGAACAUCAAUGCGCUCCCUGGGGACUCGAGGACAAAGAUUGGCUUCAUCACAUUUGACAGCACCAUCCACUUCUACAACCUCCAGGAAACCCUGUCCCAACCACAAAUGCUCAUAGUCUCCGACAUCGAAGAUAUAUUUUUACCAACACCAGACAGCCUUUUAGUGAACCUCAAUGAAUGCAAGGAGCUGGUGCAGGAUCUGCUGAAGAGCUUGCCCCAGAUGUUUGGCAAGACCAUGGAGACGCAGUCUGCUUUGGGCCCGGCCCUGCAGGCAGCGUUCAAGCUGCUGUCGCCCACCGGGGGGCGUGUGUCCGUCUUCCAGACCCAGUUGCCCAGCCUGGGUGUGGGGGCCCUCAAGUCCAGAGAGGACCCCAACCAGAGGGCUUCAGCCAAGGAUAUCCAGCACCUGUCUCCUGCCACAGACUUCUAUAAGAAGCUGGCCCUGGACUGUUCAGGACAGCAGGUGGCUGUAGACCUGUUCCUACUGAGCUCCCAGUACUGUGACCUGGCCUCUUUAGGUUGCAUAUCCAGGUACUCAGCGGGAAGUGUGUACUACUACCCCUCCUACCACCAGCAGCACAACCCAGCUGGGGUAGAGUGCUUCCAGAAGGAUCUCAAGAGGUACCUCACCCGCAAGAUCGGCUUCGAGGCUGUCAUGAGGAUACGCUGCACUAAAGGUUUGUCCAUCCACACGUUCCAUGGGAACUUCUUUGUGCGCUCCACGGACCUGCUGUCCCUGCCCAACGUGAACCCAGACGCAGGCUUCGCUGUGCAGAUGUCCAUUGAAGAGAACCUGGUGGACAUGCAGUCGGUCUCCUUCCAGGCUGCGUUGCUCUACACGUCCAGCAAAGGAGAGAGAAGGAUCAGAGUCCACACCAUGUGUUUGCCUGUUGUCAACUCCCUGUCCGACAUCUUUGCUGGGGCUGAUGUCCAGGCCAUCACUGGUCUGCUGGCUAGCAUGGCUGUGGAUCGCUCAGUGACGGCCAGUUUGAGUGACGCCAGGGAUGCGAUGACCAACGCGUCCAUCGACUCUCUGACGUCCUACCGCACCUCUGUACUCACCAUCCAGCAGCCUGGCUUGCUGGCCCCCGCCUGCCUCAGGCUGUUCCCCCUCUACAUCCUGGCCCUGCUCAAACAGAAAGCCUUCCGAACGGGUACAAGCACCAGGCUGGACGACCGUGUGUUUGCCAUGUGUCAGCUGAAGUACCAGCCCCUGGCAUACGUCAUGCUGAUGAUCCACCCAGCGCUGUACCGCGUGGACGAUCUGACUGACGAGGGAGCUCUGAACAUCAUUGAGCGCACCAUCCCCCAGCCCAGAGUCCAGCAGUUGUCUGUGGAGAAGCUGAGCAGAGAGGGGGCCUUCCUCAUGGACGCUGGCUCGGUGAUCUAUCUCUGGAUUGGAAGAAACUGCAACCCCAACUUCCUCACACAAGUCCUGGGGGUCCCAAACUACACUGCUUUGUCUCAGAACAUGAACAUGCUCCCAGAGUUGGACACUGCAGAGUCCCAGAGAACCAGAGCGUUCGUUGGCUGGCUGAGGGAACAGAGGCCCUUUUUCCCCAUCCUGCAUGUCAUCAGGGAUGAGAGCCCACUGAAAGCCAGCUUUUUGCAGAACAUGAUAGAGGAUCGGACAGAGUCGGCCUUGUCUUACUAUGAGUUUUUACUCCAUGUUCAACAGCAAGUCUCCAAGUAAACCCAGCGUAUGGAGUCAGUCAGUCCUGGGAACAUUGACAGGACAUGCAUCUGUGUGUGUGAACGAACGGUGGGAACUUGUCAGGGACUGCUGCCUCACAGCAUCUUCGGUUGUGGCUCACUAUUUUUGUGUCUAUCAUUGCCUUUCCUGAAGAUUGCCCCCAUCCGCAGACUUUUUUUCAAACAAAUCAAACUUUGUGUGGUAAGCAGGACAUGAACAGAGGCGACUAGGCAAGGUCUGAUUUCGUUGCUGGUUUGACUAUCCAGCUGGAACAGCUUGUCGAAACCAGGGAAUCCAUGAUACGAUAUGUACGUCGAUGAUUGAAGAAAUCAGUGUUUAUUCUCAAAGAACAAUGCUUUCUAAGAGAGAUCUUUUCAUAUACAGUUCUGGCUAUGGAUGUGAAGUCUUUUGUUCAAAAGCAUAGUUGUAUUUGCUAAUAAAAGAAUAUAUGUAUCAUGCUAAAGGCCAUGUUGGAGUAUCGUCUGCCCUGUUAUUAUUGGAUGUUACUGUUAUUAUUGGAUGUCAUCUUGAGCAUAAGAAUACAGUAUCUCUGCUACAAUGAUAAUAAUAAUCUACCGAUUUAGUGAAGAAGGACAGAUGUGUGCUUUUAUUUUGGUUAUUGUCGAACAAAUCUCUAGGCUUAAUGCAAAGGCAUAAAUGUAGACGUUUGAAGGUGAACUAACCUUGUUAUAAUUUACUGCCUUUUGAAUGUUGUUGACUAAGCAAUGCAAUGCUGUCUCAUGUCUUGGGUCUGGUCUGUCCUUCAAAGACUCUCACUCACCCUUUCUCUCUUUCUCAGUCUCCUCUCACUUCUCAUGGACAUUCUAUACACCUCCUGAAGACGACGUUUGUUUAAUAUGAGAAUCCCAAUCUGAUUAAAUCCUCUAAUUGCCUUCUAUGGUAACUUACGUUUUAUUAUUAAACCUCUGUUUAAAUACAGAUACUAUAUAUGAAAUAUUUUAAUAUAAAAGGAUAUGGGAAAUUCUUUAACACAGACAUAAAGCCAUCGUGAUCUUUUAAUCAUGCUUAUUGAUACUUGUAUAUUGAAAAGACUACAUAAUGGUAAAGAAUUGUUGAUUUUAGUAUGAACAUAUUAAGGUGAAAUGACGCUAAGAAAAUAAAAUGUUUUGAAAUUUUUAAACCUAGUUGUGGUUUGUCAUGAAUGAGCAGGGUACGAUUAACAUGGAUGUUGUCUCGAAUGGUAUGCCUUCUCAUCCAAGACCCUUGUAUUCUGUUAUCUUGAUCAUAUUCAACCUAAGAGACGGCUAGAAAAUUCCACUGUCAUAACUGUGAUAAUUAGUGUGAAUAGCAAUACGAACUUAUCAGAAUGUUAUUUUCUGAUGCAAAGUGAAGAUACAAUAUCACAUCUUAGAAAUAAUGAAGGAAUAAAUAGUGAAUGUAAAGAUGCCAUUCUUAUUGAACUUAACAAUUACAUACCUUUCCUGCAGUUAACGUUUCUACAUUUUACAAGGCCAGAGGAUGUUGCUGUUCUGGUCUCAAUCUCUAUGGUUUUAAGAUAUUAUUUGUACGUGUGUAAGUUUCCAGAAUAAUUAAAUAAUAGUUA